AUGUACACUCCCGCUAAAGAUUCUCAAACAACUAAAGUAGUCGACGUCCAGAAGUUCAACGAAAUUGGAAGACAAAUACAAGACGAGCUGGCGUAUUUGAAGAGAUCAACUCAGAGGUCUACCUAUCAGUUUCUCAAAAAGACUGAUAGCUCAAUCAAUCCCUACGAGCCGAAGAAAGUCAAAACUGUCAUUUUCUCAGGCCGGAAGAAAAAACUUCGUCCGAAAACGUCUUAUCGCUCUCUGUCGCCAGCUCCGUCAAUUUCCCUUCUCCUGCCUCCGUAUUUGAUCGAAUCUACCAAUUCAUUCGCUUCCAGCGGAUCUACGACCUCCAUUUCGUCCAAAUUAAGCUUUGGUCAGAACUUUUGA